AUGGCCGACGAUUUCGACAUCGAUAUUUACGGCGAUCUUAACCCUGACGAACCAGCGACCACUUUCAAGAAAGAGGAUGAGGAUUUGUUUCUUGACCAAAACCAGGGAGACACUAAUGGCGAUAAUAAGCAAAAUACUGCCGCAGGUGAAGACACCAACAUGGGUUCUGCAGCAGGUGAUGGUGAUAACUCUGGCAACUCCGCGGUUGUAAAAGAAGAGGCAGCAGUCCAGCCGAAACAGAAGAGGAAGCUUGAUGAUAGACCUUUUGACCCUGCCGCUACCACAGCUCUCUAUGUCGCCGAUUUGCACUGGUGGACUACCGAUGAUGACAUCCGUGGGUGGGUAAACGAGUGCGGUUGCGAAGACGAAUUGAAAGAUAUUACCUUUAGCGAACACAAGGUUAAUGGUAAAUCCAAAGGGGUUGCUUUUGUUGAGUUUACUUCUCCCCAGGCUGCAACAGCUGUUAAAAAUAAAAUUGAGGUUGGAGGAAGUCAGCCAGCUUACAUGGGUAAACGGCAUACGGUCUCUUAUACCAAUCCCAGCAUCAAUCCGUUUCGCACACUUCCGAAAGACGCCCCCCAGCGUGAUAGGCCCCGCGACGGGUUUCAAGGCGGAAGAGGUGGCAGUGGCGCUAGUAGUGGGGAGCGUGGUGGUCAUUCCGGACCACCAGCUGUCCAGCCUUCCGCAAUCGGUAUGUCAGGAGGUAUGAACUCUGGUGGAGGUUUUAGAGGUAAUCGUAGUGGAUUCGGGGGUCCAAAUCGCGGCAGCAUGGGAGGUGGGUUUGUCGGCAAUCGCGGCGGUUUCGGAGGCCCAGUCGGUGGCCCGCAAUCCCCCCAGCCUGGUUUCCAAGCUCCCAUGGGCAACUUCGGUGGACAAGGUAUGCCAAUGCAACAAUUUGGUGGAGGGAACUUCCAAGGGGGUAAUUUCCCCGCCGGCAGAGGUGGUAUGAAUCCUAUGAGGGGCGGACCAGCAGGUAUGAGAGGCAGAGGCGGCAUGGGACACAACGGUAUGAUGGGCGGUGGCAUGGGUGGUAUGGGCGGUAAUAUGGGCGGUGGAAUGGGAAUGGGUGGUAAUAUGGGCGGUAUGGGUGGCAAUAUGGGUGGAAGCAUGGGCGCCGGUAAUAUGGAUGGUGGCUUCAAUCCUAUCGGAAUGGGAGGCUUCAACCCCAUGGGUAUGGCAGGCCCUGGGGGAUUUCCGGCUCCUCACUUUAACCCGGCAUUCUUUCCUAGUGGUCCACAAGGAGGCAACCAAGGCCAAUGGGACAACCCACAUCCAGCAAAGAGGCCUCGCCCCAAUGAGUAGCGGUUAGCAUGAUUUAGGAAAAAAAGGUCUUGCUAUGAAAAACCAUUGGUGGAUCCUGGCUAUGGGCGCUAAUUUUGCUAAUUUUUCCACUCAAAUUCUUUCUUGGCUUGCGCUUCAGUCUCGGGGGUGGUGGUGGAUAUGAGGGGAUUUGCAGUGGAGGGAAAGUGUUAUGGGCAUCGUAGUCUUUUUUUCAAUCGUCUCCCUUCCUUUUUUUUCCUUCCCAUUUUCUUUUUUCCCUUGGUAUUCAAUUUCUUCCCCAUGUAGUUUAUCGCAAAGGCUUUUUUUAGUACAGUUUCCAAAACACAAUCUCGGAGUUUUUUCCUGCAGUCUUUUUUCUCUUUUUUCCCUAUUUUCUUAGCCUUAGUUUUCCGUAUGUCUGGUCCGUAUUCCCUACCCGCUUUCUAGGCUUCCUUGUUCUCUUAUAUCUUUUCUGGAAAGCACGAGGAGUACGUGAAUGUUUCUGUGAGCGCCGUGAUUAGGGGAUUUGAUUGUUGGAAGGAGGGUGUAUUGAUACUAUCAUACUCGGCUUUUGUUAACUUGAACCGGUUGUUUUUUCAUUUUUCACAUUUUCUUUCCCCACGAAUUGUGGGGGAAAGCCUUUUUUCCUCUUUCUUUUUACAGUACCAAAAGAUGGAUUUCUCUCGCGGUACUGAAGGUGGGCUGGUAUAUAAUGGAUCAUACCUUUUUUCAUGGUGGCAGCGAGUACAGUUGGUGUUGUGGUACUACCGGUAUUGUUGUUGUGGGUGAGUGCCUGUUAUUUCUACAUUGAAAAGCUCGGUAUGGAGUUUUUUCGGUGCUCAGUCUUAGUGUAUGAACUACUCGAGUAUGAUACC